CUCAGCUUCGGCCUAAGGCAAUUAGCAACAUUGAAGGACAGGAACACUCCGAUGACAGCGACAACAUGAGUUCUUCAAGCCCGGAGCCAAAACCCCGCACUGCACGAGACAACAGAGAGAAAGCCAAGCAAUGGCUCACCGUAGGGGGCCUAGUACGAGACGACUCCGACGAUGAGCUGGGAUAUGAUGAUCACCCUUGGGAGUGGAUAUACGAGCCAGAAACAAAUGGAAUCGAGAAUGCCAAUAGCAACCAGGCGAACGACAAUGAAUCAGAGUCUCAAACACCCCGGAGACGCUCAAUACGUCCAAAAACCCGAAAGAGGAAUAUCAUAGCCGCCCGCAUGGGGUCUUUCGAGUGCAGGCUAGGACAUGUGGUCUUACUAAAAUCACCCGAGGCUGGUAAGGAUUGGGUUGGGAUAAUAACGGAGUUUCUGGAAGAGGAAGAUGAGGAUGAUGACGAAGAGCCGGUCAAGUCGGUCAACGUCAUGUGGUUCGCCUCGCCGGAGGAAUUUCUGUCAACCAAAAACAAGAAGCGGGCCGAUGCUUUACCUAAUGAACAAUACUUGACAGUGGAUUUCAAUGUCAAUCCACUAACCUCAAUAAAUGGUAGGGGAAAUGUCAUGUCCAAAGAUGCUUUCUUUGCGAAAUAUCCAAAUGGGGAUCCCCCCAAGGGCAAAGCAGCAAUUGCCGAAUACCAGAAAUGCAUUGUUUGUCGGAGGGGAGUCAAUCAGCUCCAAGGGAAGUAUACCGAAGAAUUUGUUUGGGAGGAUGUGUAUAAAGGAGAUGAAGAAAGCGUCUUUCGACUCCUUGAAAUGCUCAAAAUGGGUCUUAAGGCUGCUAAGAAGCGUAAAACUGUAGAUGGGGAUUACGUGGACACGAAAGAUGAUCUCAACGCACCUACUACACCGAGGAAGAGGCAGCGAAUGACAACGCUCAACGUUACUCCCCAAUCUCGACGAAAAGUUCUCACGACUCCUACUAGUAAACGUAUUGUGGUGAAGAAACCACUCGAGUUUACUCCAUUGGGGACUCGUGUACUCGACCCGACACAUUUUACCUCGUCUCCAUAUCGCCAGGCACGAGCUUUGCUGCAUGUCUCCAGCGUGCCCACCUCACUACCAUGCCGCAAUGCAGAGUUUGAAACCGUAUAUUCUCAUCUAAGCGCCGCGAUCAGCGAAGGCACUGGUGCUUGUAUCUAUAUUUCAGGAACUCCUGGCACAGGAAAAACUGCAACUGUCAGGGAAGUUGUUGCGCAAUUAAAUAAUUCAGUGCUUGCUGAAGAAAUGGAUGACUUUAUCUUUGUCGAGAUCAACGGUAUGAAAGUAACCGAUCCGCAUCAGUCAUAUUCUUUGCUUUGGGAAGCAUUGAAAGGCGACCGUGUCUCUCCAUCCCACGCACUCGACUUGCUAGAAAGAGAAUUCAGUCAUCCUUCUCCCCGACGAGUUCCAUGCGUUGUCUUGAUGGACGAACUUGAUCAACUGGUCACGAAAAAUCAAUCCGUUAUGUACAAUUUCUUCAACUGGCCUGCGCUUCGUCACUCGCGUCUCAUUGUCCUCGCAGUGGCGAACACUAUGGAUCUCCCUGAAAGAACCCUAAGCAACAAAAUCUCAAGUCGCCUAGGCCUAACCCGUAUCACAUUUCCCGGUUACAAACACACAGACCUGAUGGAGAUUAUUUCCUCUCGUCUCGCGAACGUCCCCGGAAACAUCGUCGAUCCGGAUGCUAUCCAGUUCGCCAGUCGAAAGGUUGCAGCUGUCAGUGGAGAUGCUCGACGCGCGCUCGACAUCUGCCGCCGAGCUGUUGAAAUCGCUGAGCAAGAAAGUGAAUCUGCCACAAAAACAAGCGACGCCAACGGCGAGGUGGAAGAAGACGAUGCACUUCCUCCAACACCCAGUAAGAGUAACACACGCAAAGAACGCAACCAAAAGAAGAACGGCAAACCCUCCGUGACAAUUGCGAGUCCGCAGAAGAAGCCGAUUGCCUCGACCCCGCGGGUCACGAUUGCUACUAUCAAACAAGCUAUCCAAGAAGCUACGUCGACACCGCUGCAACAAGCUCUCCGCUGUCUUCCAUUGUCUGGAAAGCUAUUUCUUGCAGCAUUGCUGGCCCGUGUUCGUCGAACAGGUAUAUCCGAGACCACAUUGGGAGAUAUCCUCGACGAGGCACGGCGGAUCGCUGAUGCCUCUGUGGCAGUUGCAGGUGUUGCAGGCUCGAGUAUCAAGGACUUUCUCCUAGGUAGCAACCCUGGUGCAAGAGUUCGUGCGAUGAGCUACGCGGCUAUGGAGCUUAUGAACUCCGGUGUCGUCGCCCUCGAAAUAGGAGUCAGUACGAAAGCUAGGGGAGAUAGAAGCAGCAAAGUCAGAUUACGAAUAGCUGCCGAGGAGGUGAAGUCAGCUUUCAGAGAUGACUAUGAAGCAAAGGGGCUAGGUCUCGGGUUUGAUCAGUGAAUGAUAUAAAUAUAAGCACCAUGGAGUUUUAGUGAGAUGCAGGAUACCCCCUGAUUUAAUACAUGUAUAUAUACUUUUGAUUACUUUAUGUGAGCGAUUCA